AUGGCAAGCCACUUGAAUUUAGAGCAAAUAUCAAAUCUGCUAAAUGAAGAUGAAGAGGAGCCAUUUGAUGAAAGCGACGAUGAGUUAGGCAUCGGAGAACACUUAGCUGAACAACAAAAUGAUAAUUCUGACUCUGAGCAGAGAGAAACCGACUCAGAAGAUGAAGCAGGGCCAUCUUCAUCACAAUAUUAUAUAGGCAGGGACAAGCAAAUCAAGCCGAAGAAUAAGACAAAGAGCUCACAACAUUGUUUUGCAUUUACCUGGACCAAAGGGAGAAGCUAA